AUGGCUCCCAGGUCCUUGUCAUCAGCCUCCACCAUCUCCGACAUCUUCCUCAACCCAGGAGCCUUGAUUCCUUUCAGUGGAGAAUGGUAUUUAGAGACCGGCAUCUUGGCAAGAAACGGGAGAGGAGGGCGGGAGGGGACCACCCCAGAACUGGCCUCCUGCGGUACCAGAACCCCCCCUCCACAAGAAUAUGAAAUGACGACUCUUAAAGAAGUGUUGGAUUUAACAGAGUAUGCAAGAAGACAACACUGGUGGAAUCGAAUGUUUGGCCACCAAUCAGGACCUAUGGUAGAAAAAUACUUAGUAGCUACCCAGAUUGCAAUGGGUGGCGUGACUGGCUGGUGUGCAGGAUUUUUGUUCCAGAAAGUUGGAAAACUUACAGCAACAGCAGUAAGUGGUGGCUUUCUUCUCCUACAGAUCGCCAGUCAUAGUGGCUAUGUGCAGAUCGACUGGAAGAGAGUUGGAAAAGAUGUAAACAAAGCAGAAAGACAGAUUAAGAAACGAGCAAAUAAAGCAGCACCUGAACUCAACAGUGUAAUCGAAGAAGCAACAGAAUUUAUCAAACAGAACAUCGUGAUAUCCAGUGGAUUUGUGGAAGGGUUUCUGCUUGGCCUUGCAUCUUAAGGACAUGAAUGAUCCUUCCUAGUGGAUCCAACUGUGAGAAGAGAGUGGCAGCAGGGUGACUUCUCAGCAGCCCAUGCCACCAGAGUCUCCAGAGCAGGGAGAAACAACUCUCUGGACAAUACCAAAUUCACAACUUAGCAUUUUGCCAUCUGAAGCUUGGCAAAUGAGUAUCUGCUGUAAAACAGCCUGCGUGGUAUUUGAACAAUAGUAUU